AAUAAGGAAAGUGUCAUCUUUCUGAAAGGAGAGAGCUGUUAGCAAGGGAAGCCGAGCCACAUUGCAGCAGAGCACGAGCUCUCACUCUCAAAGACACCGGAGCAGAGCACAUCAGAUCUGCUUCUUGGAUUCAUUUCACUUCACAUUUCACCCUCUCUCUCUCUCUCUCUCUCUCUCUCUCUCUCUCUCUCUCUCUCAUUCUCUCUGUGUAAGAGAAUUCAGGGGCACUGUUGCUCUGUAUCUCCGUCUGCCCAAUAAGCUGACAACACUCAGGAUAACGGUCAAUUCUCAAGCAUCCAGAAGACGGUGGCGGCAAGAAGGAAAAUGGUGAGUCUCCGGUGGCUCUCGCCGGAGCUCCGGUGAGUGCGGGGGCGGCGCCGGGAGGGGGAUUAGGAAGAUGUUCAAGCCGGCGAGAUGGAGGAGCGAGAAGAACAAGAUCAAGGCCGUGUUCAAGUUGCAGUUUCAUGCGACCCAGGUGACACAAUUGAAUGUGGAUGCAUUAAUGGUGUCUGUGGUUCCCGGUGAUGUGGGGAAGCCAACAGUGAAAAUGGAGAAGGCCACAAUAAGAGAGGGGAGAUGCCAAUGGGCCAAUCCAGUUUACGAGAUGGUUAAAUUCGCUAGAGAUCCCAAAACUGGGAAAAUAAACGAAAGGAUUUACCAUUUUAUCGUGUCCACGGGAGCCGCAAAAUCUGGUUUCGUCGGUGAAGCUUCGGUAGAUUUUGCAGAUUACGCAGAGGCGACCAAGGCUUCCUCUGUUUCCCUCCCUUUAAAGAAUUCAAGCAUUGAUGCUAUAUUACAUGUUUCAAUUCAGAGGCUGCAGGAAAAUGUUGACAACAGAGAGGUGGAAGAAAGUGAAGAUACAAAAGUUAAAUUGCAAGACAGGAGCUUGAGAUCCCACUUAAGCAACAGUGACAAAGACGGGAGCAAUGAGAACACCAAUAGUAGUUCUGCAGAAGAUGUGCUAGUCAAUAAGACCAUCAUCACUCAAAAUGCCGAAUUGAAUGGUAGCUUCAGAGCCUCUAGUGGAUCUGACUUAACUAUUUCUAGCUCCGAGAGCAGCUCAGGACUGAACACGCCUCGGGAACAUAGCGUUAGCAAUGCUAUCGUUCCACACGAAUCUAAUGGCUUCCAAUCCUCCAUGAGCAAUAUGUUACUGCCUCACGGACAGAAAUGGGGUUGGUCCGCCAGUUUGGGUCACGAAGUGGUUGCUGAUAUGUCAGAAGCCAAUCUGGAGGGAAAGUUGGAGAUGGCUUCAGACUCUGAGAUAGAAAGACUCAGAACCGAGCUAGCAGUGAUGGCUAGGCAGGUGGACAUGUCGGAGUUGGAGUUGCAGACUCUCAGGAAGCAAAUUGUGAAGGAGAGUAAAAGGAGCCAAGAUCUCUCUCGAGAAGUAGUUUGCUUGAAGGAGGAGAGAGAUGCACUAAAAUGGGAAUGUGAGAAUUUUAAGUCCUUACACAGGUCAUCGGUGAAGAAGAUAUUGGAGUGUGAGGACGGGGAUCUGCGAGCUCUCCUAGAAGAAGCUAGAGAAGAACUGGAUCACGAGAAAAACCUUAAUGCAAAUCUCCGGUUGCAAUUGCAGAAAACCCAGGAAUCAAAUGAGGAAUUGAUUCUUGCUGUAAAAGAUUUGGACGAAAUGCUGGAGCAGAAGAAAAUUGAAAUGGGUUAUCGUUUCAGCAAAUCGGGAUUAUAUGAAAAUAAGGAAUUUCCAAGCGAAGGUGUCUCGAGAUGUGAUACAGAUGAAGAUGAAGAACAAAAGGCAUUAGAAGAGAUUGUUAAAGAGCACAGAGAUGCCAAAGAAACGUAUCUGCUGGAGCAGAAGAUCCUGGACCUCAAUAGUGAAGUAGAGAUCUACAGAAGAGAUAGAGAUGAACUAGAAAUGCAGAUGGAGCAGAUCGCACUCGAUUAUGAGAUAAUGAAGCAGAAAAAUCACGAAAUUUCCUGUAAGUUGGAGCAAAGCCAAUUGCAGGAACAACUAAAGAUGCAGUGCGAGGGCUUGCCUUUUCGAAAUACGCAAGAAUUAGAGAACAAGAUUCAGAGCUUGGAAAACGAACUCAAAAAGCAGUCUGAAGACUUGACUGAAUCUGUAACCACCAUUGAUGAACUUCGCGCUCACAUGAAGAGCUUGGAAGAAGAGCUGGAGAGACGGGCAAGAGAGUUUGAAGCCGAUCUGGAAGUCAUAACUCGUGCCAAGGUGGAACAAGAGCAAAGAGCCAUCCAAGCAGAGAGAGCCUUGCAAACGAUGAAGAGGAAGAAUGUUAAUACCGCUGAGAGGCUUCAGGAGGAAUUCAGAAGGCUAUCUGAGCAAAUGGCUUCAACUUUUACCGCAAAUGAGAAAGUGGCCAUGGGAGCCCUCACAGAAGCUGGUGAGCUGAAGAUGCAGAAAAUUCAACUUGAUGAGAUGCUCCUGAAAGCCAAUGCGGAGUUACAGUUAGUCAAGAACUCAUACGAAAUAAAACUCGCUGAACUUUCUGAUCAAAUAAGAGAGAAAAAAAAUCAGAUAGACAACAUGGCUUUGGAGAUUGAUGAAAAGUCCGAGCAGCUCGAAGAUUGUAAGAAGCAGGAGAAGGAAGUUACAGAGAAUCUACUCCACGAGAUAAUAACACUCAAAGCUGAGAUCACAAGGCUCCAUGCAGAUAAUAAUCUCCUCUCUAAACAAGCAGGACAGGAAGACAAUUUGAAGGAAGAGCUGAGACAGCUGAAGAAAUCAAUCACAGAGGCAGAGCUGGCGGUUCAGAGAGGAAAUGUGGAAAGAAAUGAACUGGUGAGUGCAUUAGCUUUGGUGAAGAAAGAGUUGGAGGAUUCACUUGUGGAAUUGAAACACUCGAGGCUUUUGAGGGAUGAGAAGGAUAUUACGAUCUGCAAAUUAGAAACAGAGCUCAAAACACUGAGAGUUCAGUGUAAUGAUUUGAAAAAUUCGCUUGUUGAGGACAAGUCAGAGAAGGAGAAUCUGAGAAAGCAAAUAAACCAGCUGAAGGGAGACCUGAAAAAUAAGGACAACGCCUUGAUGGGCAUUGAGAAAAGAGUCAAGGAAAGCAAUGGCCGUGCAGCUAUUUCUGAGGGAACAAAGAAUGCAACAAGAAACAAUAAAGUGGUUCCACUUGCUAGCAGCAAUAAAGAGGUCUCAAAUCUCAGGGAAAAACUGAAGUUGCUAGAGGGUCAAAUAAAGUUGAAAGAAGCUGCUUUGGAAGACUCGGCGAAUUCUUUUCUGGAGAAGGAAAAGAGUUUCAAAAGCAAAAUUGAAGAGUUGGAAAGUAGAUUGGACGAACUCAACCACUUUUACCCAUUUAACAAGGUUUCCAACAACUCAUGUCGUACGAAGAUAAGUUUGCUAAUUAAAGUAUACCACCAAAUUCAAAAGGUUGCUGAAGCUACCGGAGGAAUCACUCCAGAAAGUGUUUCGCCAAAAGAAUCAUGCUCAUCCACAGAAAAUGGAAACUUGACUAACAGAAAUGAUGAAGCCCUGUUGGACAGAGAAGUAAAGAAAAAUGCAGCGAAUGCUACAGAGGACGAUAAUAGUCAUCUGUCAAAAGAACUGGAAUUGAUGAAGGAGAGGAAUCAAUUAAUGGAAAGUGAACUAAAGGAACUGCAGGAGAAAUAUUCCGAGAUGAGUCUCAUGUUCGCGGAGGUGGAAGGCGAAAGGCAACAGCUCGUCAUGACUCUGCGCAACCUCAAAAACUCCAAGAAGAAUUGAUUUAUUUAUUUUUCUCAUUUCACAGAAAGAUGGAUAGGCACAUUGUACAGUUUAAGCAUGGGGAUGAACAUUGAGAAUCCAGACAUGAGCCAUCAGGGUCAAUAAGAGUAUACCUAUGAUACCUAUUCUGAGUGCUGGCUUCUCUGAUUGGCAUUAUACAUCAUUAGAUAGGUUUUUCAUUUGUUAAUUUUUCUUACGGGGUAAACUCUUUUGUUUAUACAUAAUUUGUCUGGCGUGUCUCUAUCCAUGCAAACUUACUAUUUAGGUGUAUUGUUUGUAUUUGUCUUGGGAAGUAAUGAUCAAUCUAUGUUUAUUUGUUUUCA